AUGCCUAGCACUUGGGAUGUCAUCAACAUUGUGCUCGCGGUUCUCUCCCUCGUGAGCCUUCGCGGGUUGUUCAAGCUCUUCGCAAGUCGUCUUCCCCCAGGCCGUCUAAAAACCAUCAAUACCGAGCUUGCGGAUAUGCAAAACCUCUUAGUGAACCUCGAGCGCGAGAGAUACCCUCACGGCGCAGCUAUGUUACACCAAUUCACUAGCCGUCUUAAACAGUUUAACGGGCGCGCAGCGAACUUAUCGCUAGAUGUGAGUCGAUGGAAGGAUAAAGGGCUCUUGGGGCGGUAUGUGCACUGGGCGGAGUGGAGCGAGCUCUUGCAUAUCUGCAAGGAGUUGCAGGAUGGCCUUGCAAACAUGCGUGUCCACCUGCACCAGCUGCCUCCCCCAUACUACACAUCAGCCUACGCCGACUACUAUGUGCAAGCGACGCCCUCCGACAUCCUUCGUGACACCGCCGCCUACACAGACGAUGUGCAGGCGACGUCCCCUUAUACCGACGAUGUGCUGGAAAAGCCCUCCGACGGCUCUUCUGACACCGCCUCUCCGGCCUAUGUUGACCGUGACGUGCAGGUGAUACCAUCCGAGACGUCUUCCGACGCCGUGAGCUAUCGCGAUGAGGAGCAGGUUCCAGUGAUCCUCAUCGACGUCGACGUCUCUUCUGGCACCACCGCCAAUGCCGAUGACGUGCAUGAGACGCUCUCCAACGCCUCUCCAGACACUGCUGUCGCCGCCUCCUCGUCUUCCUCCACUCCUACCCUGGUCUCUUCUGAUACCUACAACGGGCAGGCGACACCUGACACGGCUCUCAGCUCCUCCCCUACUACCCCAGACGUUUCUGACACUCUCGCCUAUGCGAAUGAUGUGCAGAUAACACUCGCCAACGCCUCUUCCGACACCGCCGCGUCCUCCUCCUCCACUGCCACUUUAGUCGAGUCUUCCACGUCGGCCCCGUCCAGCCCGCCUAAGACCUCGUCACCCCCCCUACCUGCUCCAGCUCCCGCUCAAAUCACCGAACCCGCUGCCGUUCACGACAAGGUCGAUGUGGUGCCGCGCACCCCCAGCCCGGUCCUCGAGGCGCCUGAACAGGUCAUGCGCGAGACGAUUCCCGCCGGGCAAUCACACACAUCGGCGCUGCAGGCGCACCCCGAGCAGAGCUCGAUCACGAGCCGGCACGGCCACACGGCGAGGGACGACUCCGAUUACGACACGGACAGCGAGGACAGCCUGGAAGGGUACGGCAGCGAGGUCGUAGGGUCGUUCCUCAUGCCCGUGGGAUCGGUGCCUAGUGAUCUUGUCGGAGUUCAUUGGCGUAAGCCCAAACAUAAGAGGAGACCGAGAAACGCCAAGAAGAAUUCAUAG